CUAUUAUUUAGUAUGUAUUAAAUAAUACGAUUUUAAGGCAUCUUCAACUAAUGUAUUUACCUCGCUUUCUAAAUUCAGUCAUUAAAAUAAGUACGGGAGGAAGAAUGACGUCACAUUUACCACUGUUCAUUGAAGGUGAAGUUAUCAAAGGUUUUGGAAGAGGAUCUAAAGACUUGGGAUGCCCAACAGCAAAUUUUUCCUUGGAUGUAGUAAAAUCUCUGCCGAAAGGAACAGCACCUGGCGUUUACUGUGGGUGGGCGCAGGUUGACUCUGGCCCUGUUCAUAAAAUGGUUGCCAAUAUCGGCUGGUGCCCCUUUUAUAACAACAAGGAAAUGUCAAUUGAAACACAUGUAAUGCACAAAUUCAACACCGAUUUUUAUGGUUCAAAUCUCAAAAUAUGUAUAGUUGGUUAUUUGAGAGGAGAAAAGAACUUCAACUCUUUGGAAGACUUGAUAGAAGCUAUUCAACAAGAUAUAAAAAAUGCCGAGGAAAAGCUAGAGCAUGCAGAUGCAAGAAAUUUAAAAACAGGUACUUUUUGGAACAAAGUACAGUGAGAAUUCCGAUUUCAGCAUCUUUAAGUAAUAUAUUUAAGUAUUUAAUUAAUCAUGUUUUACGGAUUAUGAUUUAAACCAUUAUGAAUUUAUUAUAUUAACGGCAUUACAGUGUAAAUCAACUACGGUAGCUCAUGAAAAAGUGAAGGUCAAUCAGAGUGAAAGUCAAAUCGGCAAUUUCGCAUUCUAGACUUCUAGAGAAAAUACUUUUAUUUUACCCGAUCGGUUUUAAAAAUGAUACUUCUUCACAAACUGAACUUGUACGUACCUAAACUGAUUUUAUCGUUUGACCGGGGAUUUGUAAAGCGAACGGCGGGCUCUCCGUCAUAACUCUUAUGGCUCCUCUUCACGUUGGGCCAACGCCAACGAGGGACGCAUUU